AUGAAGGGAGUCAUAAUUUUUGGAUUUAUCCAAUUGUUAACACUACACGCCGCCAUACUACCUCCCCCUUGGGCAGAUCCGGAUCGUAAUCCGUGUGCUUCGCAACCUGGAGGAUGGUUAUUGAUUUAUUGGCCCCCGGAUAAAAAAUGCUACAGAAUUUUUCAAAGGGGAUACCCGUGUCCGGAAACGAUGGAAUUAAAUCCGAUGCAAGAUCAUUUUAACAGAACGGUCGCGGAUUGUAGGUGUCCCCCGAGAACGGCUCAAAUUUUAAAUUCUGAUAAAUGUUACGAAAUAAACACCAAAGGUCCCUGCGAAGAUGGCGAAUAUUUUGCCCCCCUGCGACAAUCGAUAAACGGAAGAGAAAGAAUAGGACGAUGCAUAAAAGCAAAACAAUGCAAACCCGAAGAAGUUUUUUGGGCUGCGACGGGACAAUGUUUUUUAAAGUAUACCAAAGGACCCUGCCCAGAUGGUGAACUUAUUACCCUCAACAAAGAAACUCAAUUAGGAGAAUGUCAAUGUUCUAAGAACGGACCACUUUCAAAAUUCUAUUGGAAUCCCACGAAAACGUGUCACGAGUACUUUACAAAGGGACCAUGUUUGGAAAAGGGAACUUUAUUCUUACCGGGAUCGACUUGCGGCUGUCAUAACAGUCUCCCCAAUUACGAUUUUAACACUCAUCAAUGUUACGAAAUCGGAACGAUGGGACCGUGUAAAUCCGGACAGUUGUUCCAAGUCGAACCCCCCAAACUUAAAGGAAGUUGCAUUUGCAAACCGGAACACGUGCCCUGGGACGAUGGUCAAUGUUACCGCCUAUACACUCGAGGCCCUUGUUUAAAAGGGGAAAUUUUAUUUCCCAAUAAAACUUGCAUCGAAAAUCCUUGUCCGAAAGGAAAAUUGUAUUUUCCACAAGAUGGUUCUUGCCACAGAGUCGGAGUGAGAGGGCCUUGUGCGAGAGGUCAAUUAGUGCUCUUUGAACCUAGCGUCAGAUCAUCUGUCGAAGGAAUAUCUUAUAGAGGAAUGUGUGGGUGUUCCGGCCCUACGAAAUGCAAAAUCCAAGAGGAAGACGAUGACGAAAACGCGUACAAGAUAAGGAUUUGCGAGAAAAAUGAAAACUCCAAAGACGACAAUUGCUACUCCCUUUACUCUCAGGGCCCGUGUUCGCAAGGGGAGUGGUUACUACCCGUCAGACAAGGUCGUACCGACAAACAAUAUCACAGAUUCGACGAAUCGACCAAGUUAAAAGCUAGAUGCGAAUGCAAACCCGGAUUUAGCAAAUCGUCAAACGGAAACGGAUGUCAUCUUCCUUUGGUCACGUUGGCAAAAUUUCUCAACGGGGAAGAUUUAUUUAGCUGA